GCGUUAAGAGGGACAAGGCACAAACAAGGAAGCAGGGAUGUGGGAGCUGAGAAGUGAAUGGCGGGCGGUGGGUUUCACGCUGCUGCUGUGGCUGGCUGCUGCGGCCCAGGCAGUGGCCCGGGCUCCUCGCCGCUACACCCCGGACUGGAAGAGCCUGGACUCUCGGCCACUGCCGACAUGGUUUGAUGAGGCCAAGUUCGGGGUCUUUGUGCACUGGGGGGUCUUCUCGGUGCCCGCAUGGGGCAGCGAGUGGUUCUGGUGGCACUGGCAAGGCGAGCGGCUGCCGGCCUAUGAGCUCUUCAUGAAAGAAAACUACCCGCCCGGCUUCAGCUACGCCGACUUCGGACCGCAGUUCACGGCGCGUUUCUUCCAACCCGACCAGUGGGCCGAACUCUUCCAGGCUGCCGGGGCCAAGUGGAACAUACGCUACGGCCUGUACCACUCGCUCUUGGAGUGGUUCCAUCCACUCUAUCUACUCGACAAGAAAAAUGGUUUCAAAACUCAGUAUUUUGUCAGCGCGAAAACAAUGCCAGAGCUGUACGACCUUGUUAACAGCUACAAGCCCGACCUGAUCUGGUCUGAUGGGGAGUGGGAGUGUCCUGACACGUACUGGAACUCCACAGCUUUCCUUGCUUGGCUCUAUAAUGAUAGCCCUGUCAAGGACCAGGUGGUAGUGAAUGACCGGUGGGGUCAGAACUGCUCCUGCCAUCAUGGAGGCUACUACAACUGUCAGGAUAAAUACAGACCGCAGAGCUUGCCGGACCACAAGUGGGAGAUGUGCACCAGCAUCGACAGGGCGUCCUGGGGCUAUCGCCGUGACAUGACCAUGUCCACCAUUGCCAGUGAGAACGAAAUCAUUGAGGAAUUGGUUCAGACAGUCAGUUUGGGAGGCAACUAUCUUCUCAACGUUGGACCAACUAAAGAUGGACUGAUCGUUCCCAUCUUCCAAGAAAGGCUUCUCGCUGUGGGCAAGUGGCUGCAGAUCAACGGGGAGGCCAUCUAUGCCUCCCAGCCCUGGAGAGUACAGUCUGAGAAGAACACAACAGUUGUGUGGUACACCACUAAAGACUCAGCUGUUUAUGCCACCUUUCUGUACUGGCCAGAAAAUGGAAUCAUAAACCUCAAAUCUCCCAAAACGACUUUGGCCACAAAGAUAACAAUGCUAGGGAUGGAAGAAUAUUUGACUUGGACCCAGGAUCCCCAGGAGGGGGUCCUCAUCACUCUGCCCCCAUUGCCACCUACGGCUCUCCCGGUGGAGUUCGCCUGGACUCUAAAGUUGACCAGUGUGAAGUGAUGGUUGGAGUUCAAGGAUAGAAGGCCCUAUGUGGGGCUGCUUGCCUUUCUCUUACCAGCAGUGCAAUAAAGUAGCUUCCCUCUCCCACCCAGUGAUGACUUCUCCAGCCCAUUUUAAUCAGUGGGAACCUAGACCACUGAGCUGCUGAAUGAGUGCAUUGAAGCCUGAGAUCCAUUGCUGGUAUCUCUGAGCAGAAACCCUGGACAGCUCAGCUGAUCUCACCCGUUCCUUCACUGGGGUGAAAUCGCCCUUUCUGAUGACGAGCCAAGUCACCUUGAUAAUGAGCCAAGUCACCUGUUGCCUGUGGGACCAGGUAAAAGAGGUCUGGCAAAGCCAACCCCUGGGCCUUAUGUUGGUUGUCACUAAUCCUGAAGGGAUUAAGUUGGUCCUGAAGGAUUUGCCAGGCUGCCAAGUUCAACUCUCUGGAAGUUUGUGAAGAAAGCCAAAACUCUGGCAUUGAGCAUGUCUGCAGAGAUACCGAUGAAGGAGUGUGAUUCUGCCCUGCCUUUUAAAAAGAUGGAAGUAAAUUUGUAUGUCAGUUAUUUUUACCAAGA